AUGUCUCUGCCAAACGAACAGCCGCAGCUGAGGCUUGUCGCACUUGCGGCUCGCGUCGCAGCGUCCCCCAGGCGCUGGGACCCAGAAGUUGACGUCUUGGAACAGCUGAACGACAUUGCCACUUCUGCCGAGUUUCACCUGCGUAUCGACCCAACCGAUGAGCCUCUUACCGAGGAAUCUCUAGCGGCGCGGCUCGAGCACCUUGAGAACAAGACUCCGAAGGGAUCACUGAAGACAUUGGACAUGAAGAACACAGGUUCUCCCUCAGAUCAAGGUCUUAUCAAACGCUCCCUCACAAAUCUCAAACACUAUAAAGACCCCGGCAGGAAAAGCGUGUCCAGUGAGUUUCACUUCACCAAGAACUCUACGGAGAACGACGUGAAUGUCGUCGGCGUCUGGAUUGCAGCACGGAUGUGCCAUGAAUUGUGCUACGCCUAUCCCCUGCGAUAUCCGUUGCAUUCGAUCAUAAGUUCUCUGGGGCCAUAUACCACCACCAGGCCCUUUCGGAAGGCAGAUACCGCCGCCGCUACCUCCGCCUUUGGAGCCGUCUCGAGCUUCCUCAAGGUCAGCGUCACCCUUCGAUGGGUAUGCGGCCUCAUCCAUGUCCUCGAGAUGCUCAUCGCCUGCUGA